AUGUAUGAUAUGGGACUCUCACAAAUGGAAUUGGAAACCUUACGGUAUACCACCAACAUUGUCAUCCACUCCGGGUCAUCUAUUAAUCUUGGAAAGUCACUACAUGAUUCUUCAUCGUUAGAAGCAGUAAUCGGGGCAAGCGUUACCGUUGCAGACCUUGCUUUUGCGUGCAAAAAGCUUGAGCGCUUCGUUUAUGUCUCCACGGCGUAUGUUAACGCCUACCUUCACCCCCGAAGUCCUGGCCUUGACAUUGAGAUAAAGGAUAAUCUCUACAAACUCUAA